AGCACCUCAGGCCAGAGCAGUGUGCAGAGUGGGCCGGCACAGCACCAGGAGGAGGAAGAGGAGGAGAGGGCAGCUUGUGGGAAACCGCGAAGAUGGCCAAAGAUGACUCCACUGUUCGUUGCUUCCAGGGCCUGCUGAUUCUUGGAAAUGUGAUUAUUGGUAUGUGCGGCAUCGCCCUGACUGCAGAGUGCAUCUUCUUUGUAUCCGACCAACACAGCCUCUACCCGCUGCUUGAAGCCACUGACAAUGAUGACAUCUAUGGGGCAGCCUGGAUUGGCAUGUUUGUUGGCAUCUGCCUCUUCUGCCUGUCUGUCCUGGGCAUUGCAGGCAUCAUGAAGUCCAACAGGAAACUUCUUCUGGUGUAUUUCAUUCUGAUGUUCAUUGUAUAUGGCUUUGAAGUGGCAUCUUGUAUCACAGCAGCAACACAACGAGACUUUUUCACACCCAACCUCUUCCUGAAGCAGAUGCUGGAGAGGUACCAAAACAACAGUCCUCCAAACAAUGAUGACCAGUGGAAAAACAGUGGAGUCACCAAGACCUGGGACAGGCUCAUGCUCCAGGACAAUUGCUGUGGUGUAAAUGGACCAUCAGACUGGCAGAAAUUCACCUCUGCCUUCCGGACUGAGAAUAACGAUGCCGACUACCCCUGGCCUCGUCAGUGCUGUGUUAUGAACAACCUUAAAGAACCUCUCAACCUGGAGGCCUGCAAACUAGGGGUACCUGGAUACUAUCACAAUCAGGGCUGCUAUGAACUGAUCUCUGGACCAAUGAACCGACACGCCUGGGGGGUGGCGUGGUUUGGAUUUGCCAUCCUCUGUUGGACUUUUUGGGUUCUCCUGGGUACCAUGUUCUACUGGAGCAGAAUUGAAUAUUAAGAAUAAGUGUAACCACCGUACCACUCCCCACAGUGACUCUGGAUUUGGUGCUGGAACUCCUAUAUUCCACCUCUGUGCUCCCCGGGAAAUUAUGCAUUCUUCCUCAAAUUGCCAAGUCAGUUGGUGUGGAGUUUCUUUAGGCUCUUUAGGUUCUCAGACUCCUGAAAUUCUCACCGCUAGUGAUUUCACCCUGAUCUAGGAUUCUGCAACACUGUUAUAGACCGUAGGAAAGGGAGAAUUUAGGAUAGUAGAUAAUAACUAUUCCCAUCUCUGUUUAUUUUUAAUUUGGGGGCACAAAGACAUUCACAGGAGCCUGUCUUAUCACAGCAAGCCAAGUCUGUAUUUGGACAGCAAAUCUGCCUGUAUUUCUCUCUGCUUUCUAAAAGAAACCUUCAAAGACUUUCAUUCAUCUCAGUAUUGUCCAGGUGAGAGAACUGAGGAAAAGAUUGCUGAAAUAUAUCUUUUGCCUUUAUUCUAUGGUGGCUCCCAUCUACAGAGACUCAAGUGAUUCUCUUAAUGCCACCUUGGCAUCCUUUUAUUCUCCUGGACAAUGCCCCAUCUUGAGCUAACAAUGGUUGAAGUUUCCUCUCAGACAUUGCAGAGUGAUAGGUGUUAGUAACCUCAAUUCUGCUAAUUAAAAGUAUGUGGACUCUGGGGGACAAAGGAGGGACCUGUUACAUAUUUACCAAUCUCAUCCCAUCCGAAAGCCCCUUUCAAAUAAGGGAGAAGCAAGCCCACUGUUAGACAGGUGAUUUAUGGUGAUUUUUUUUUACUGUCAAAAUAUUUCUCUUCUGAUCUAUGUUUCCUUUUGCAAUCCUGAAAGAAGUUCUUAUAACAUUUGUCUAGUCUUAUAAAUAAAGAGGGAUUUUAAAUAUGUU